GAUAACGUAAUCCAGGUCAGAGAUAGGGCAGAUUAUCAGAUAAAACAACUUUAUGUGCUCAUUGCUCUCAACUAUAUAUAGAGGCAGCACAAACAUGAGAAGCAUUGAGAUUUUAGAAAAUCAACUGAGAAGCAGUAACGAUGAGCUUAAAACGAAUGGUACGUACGCUAACGAGGAAUUCUAAUCAUGAUAAUAAGUUAUUUAUAGAGUAUAGCACGCGAUCUUCAGAUUCAGGAAGAUCUAGAGAAGCUUGACAAGAAACAAAACGAUUUACAACUGAUAAUAAAAUAGAAUCGAUACUCAAAACACAUGAUUAUAUUAGAUAAAGGUGAAUAUAACCGCUAACCUAAUGCAGCAAACUGGUUGUGACAUAAUAUAGGUACUCAUUUGCAUAUACAAAUUGCUCUUCAUUGAGAAAAUGUUUAUGCAAUGAGAAGAAAUUAGCUGUAUAUUAUAUCAUCCAUAAAUCAGUUAUUAACUGUCUAUUGUGAAGCAUUGCCUGGCUCUGUUUAUAUAUUGUUUGCAUUUAAUGCACCGUAAUAAGGGUUUUAUAUAUGAUCAGGUUAACUCCGUAAUGUCCAGGUUUAUUAUUCGGUUAUUUAUCUUAAAGAAUAAUAAAUAAAGUGAGGUGUAUAAUGAAAACUUUUUUUUUUUUUGUAAUAUUCUGUACUAGUGCUGGAGCUGCAACAUGAUUAUAGAAUUAAAUAUUAAUGGUAUAUAAACAUAAAACCUAGCAUGGUUUCUUGGUUUUUCAUCACUUACCGUGAAAAAAAUGCUCUGUACAUUUAGUGGACAUGAAUUUAGCAGACUUUCCACGGGAACUGUCUCAAUCCAAGCAUUCAUUCCCACAGGCUGUGUUCUCUUGGGGAUUUCUGAUGCUGAGUCUCACACACGCCACAUCUGAACAGACGACGAUCUGCGACAUCGGCCUGAUAAUCCCAAAACACUUCCACACUCCGGAGUCAGAUACAAUGAAAGGAAACAGCAACAUCAACAACCGCUCGCUGUCUGCCUGGAACUGGAUUCCCCACAGCAGCGCCCACAGGAUCCCCAGAGUGAUAUUUGAGGCCAAGUGUGAGUCUCAUCACUGCACGAAUCCUCACAGCCACCAGCACAGGGAGCUGAACUCACUGCCGAUAUACAGCACCAUGCUGGUGCUCACGCAGGACCCGACAAACAGGAAGUGCUUCAGUGUGAAGUUCCAGAGAGUCACCGUGGGCUGCACGUGUGUGUGGUCCAAAUCAUCGCCAUGACGCCUCGG